UUACUUUUUGUAUGGGCCUUUAAAUAGUACUUUUUUUUGUCGUCGUGGCGAUAAUUGAGGAUGCCUAUCAUUGAGGGAUGCCUAUUUCUAGCAGUGGACGUCUUUCGGCUGAAGUGAUACUGAUGAUGAUAUCACAAUAUUUGGUCAAAAUGUCAAUCCACUGUUCCCAGGGUGUAAACAAACCGAUACAUCAUAAAUGGUUAAUUUGUGCAUUUAUGAUGCACGUGAUCAUUUUUUAAAUUUAUUUGAAAUUAUUAAUUGAUCCUUUUUUUCACAAUACAUAACAUAUAACGCAUUAUGGUGUGUCGGUUUGUUUCAUCAUCAUCACACAGCCUGUAUACGUCCCACUGCAGGGCACAGGCCUAUGUAUGGACCGUGGGUAUCCAUACACGAUGCUUGUUGUUGACUCCCGGGGAAUAGUGGAUUGAAACAGCAGAGUAGGUAUAUGAGUAAAUUGCAGUGGAAAGUGUAAUCUCCUUGCUGUAUAAUUUGUUUUGUUACUGGUGAUUUGAUAAAACUAAUUAUUAAACAUGUCAUUGAUUUGACAUUGUCAUGAAAUAUCUUGAAUGUAAGCUAAUUUUCCUAUCUCUAUGUAAAAUCAUUGAUUUUUUUUUCAAAAAUGGAUAAAGCGGGCCCUAGUUCUGGAAAAAUUAACAUCGUGAUAAUUGAAGGAAAUAAAGGUAAAGGCCGGUUAUCGAAUCAAGGAAUGGUGCUUCUGCACGCUGGCCAUAAAUAUAAUUUUGUUAAAACAAAUAUGUGUGGUACAACUAAUUGGCGAUGCGUCAAUAAAAACAUUUGUAGCACUUCCAUAACAUUAACAGCUGAUAAUAAAGAAAUUGUGAAAGAAGCUAAACAUGUAUGUUUACCAGAUUAUGAACGUAACAAAAUUGAUUUCACAAUGUCAUUAGCCAAACAAGAGGUUUGUCUUAAUAUGGCGCCUAUACCUGAAAUUUUUGAGAAACACUAUUACAAACUUCAUAAACAGGAUUCUGAUCAUACAUUUGGUCAGGGCGAAAUGCUUUCCCCAGAGGAAUUACCUACAUUCAGUUCAAAAAAGGAUACGCUGUAUCGGGCACGCUAUAAAUUUUUAAAUGUAAAAAAAAGUAAAUUUUUGCGACCCCAAGAUGUGCAGUUGCCAGACAGUUUAGUAAGUGAUUUCUUUUUGUAUGACGAUGGUGUUGAAGAGAAGAUUAUAAUUUUUGGUACUCGACUGGCAAAAGCAACAUUGAAAACAGUUGAUAUUGUGUACGUUGAUGGAACGUUUAGAUGUUGCCCGAUUCCUUUCUAUCAGCUGUUUUCUGUACAUGCUGACAUUACGCAUGAAUCAGGAACUGUGUGCUUUGUGCCAUUGUUGUUCGCUUUGUUGCCCAACAAAAGCCAAACUACAUACGAGAGACUUUUCAAAAUUUUAAAAUAUCAAUUUUUUAUGAAUAUCAGCACUUUCAAAUGUGACUACGAACUGGCUAUUAUCCAAGCGAUAAAGGCAAUAUAUCCUGACAUUGUAGUAAAGGGUUGCUACUAUCAUUUUACAAACGCAGUUUGGAAAAAGUCGAAAUCGAUUAAUUUUAGUUCAUCCAACGAGGGUCGUAAAUGUACUCAGCUCUUUUCCUUAUUAGCACUGUUGCUAGCGUCGCUUAUACCGGAGGCGUAUCUGACAUUAUGUGAAUUAGCUCCUAAUACUGAAGAAAGUACACACGACGUUGAGACCAUUCUGCGCAGAGGCAAAGACCUCACUCCAGCUCCGUCCACUGACGAAAAGCGCCGUAUCAUCAGCGAAGGCCAAAAUCCUGAUAUAGGGAAGCUUAAGGUUGCACAGGGUGUUAAUAAAGACCAAGAACAAGGUAGGCCCAACAAUACUACCCUGGGGGACGCCGUAGGUGGCGGGGAGUUCAUCGCUCAGCCAAUGAUCGAUCCCAACACACUGUUUCCGGUCAGUCAAGUAGUCCCUGAAAAGAUCAAGAGGAAUUCCUCUCACCCCCAGCUCCUCGAGCCUGCAGAUGAGAUGGGGAACAGAAACUGUGUCAAAUGCUUUUGCUAA